AUGUCCACUUUCUGCUUCGACCUGCACGCGUCCGCCGUGGUUUCAGCACCACUGGAGCUGGACAGCGACAGCAUGGAGGAGCCGCGGUGCAGCCCCGCCGCACAGGAGCCCGGCGGCUUUCAGGGUCAGCCGCUGCGGCACGCCGGCUCCGGAGGCCUCGGCAUGGCCUUGGAGGAGGAACUGGCCAUGCUCACCGGGGAGAGGGACUACCAGGAGGAGCAGGAGGAGCAGGAGGAGGAGGAGCUGGAGGAGCUGUCCGAACUGGAGACGCCCGCGGUGGGGCAGAACGCAGACUUGCUGUCGCUCUUCCGACAGAAGGAGAAAGACUUGGUUUUAGCUGCUAAACUCGGCAAAGCUUUGCUGGAGAGAAACCAAGACCUGAGCAAGCAAUAUGAGAAAAUGCACAAAGAUCUCAACGAGAAACUAGAGCACUUGGAGCAGGAGAAGCAUGAGCUGCGUCGGCGUAUGGAAAGUCGAGAGGGGGAGUGGGAAGGCCGCGUGUCCGAGCUGGAGACGGACGUCCAGCAGCUGCAGGGCGAGCUGGAGCGCCAUCAGGUCCAGCUGAGGGAGGCUGACAGAGACAGGACCAAGGCAAUCAGCGAGCUCUCCGAACAGAACCACAGAUUGCUGGAGCAACUCAGUAGGGCUGCAGAGGUGGAGAGGCAGCUGUCCACUCAGGUCCAUUCAUUACGGGACGACUUCAGGGAGAAGAGUAUGUCUACAAGCCAGCACAUGACUCGGCUAGAGACUCUACAGGCUGAGCAAGGGCUAGAAAUUACGAUGCUGUCGGAGAGGAAGAUGGAGCUGGAGCAUCGGGUGCACGCCAUGCUGGAGGAGAACGAGCUGCUGCAGAACACAGUGGAGGACCUCCGAGAGCGGACACUGGUGUUGGAGAGGCAGUCUCACCAGAAGGACCUACAGUUACGGCAGAGCCAGCUGGAGCUUCAGGAGGUUCAGGUGUCCCACAGGCAGCUGACUGCUCAGCUGGAGGAGGUGACGGAGGAGCACAGCCUCCAUAGUCUCACCCCACACCCGUCCAGCCUGCUGUGUGAGAUAGAACAGAGCAUGGAGCAGGAGGAGCAGGAGCAGGAAAGAGAGCAGCUACGUCUUCAGCUAUGGGAGGCCUACUGUGAAGUUCGCUCUCUCUGCUCUCAUCUCCGGGGAAACGACGUCACGGAUUCGGCGCUGUCCACUGACUCUUCCAUGGACGAGUCCUCGGAGACGUCCUCAGCCAAGGAUGUGCCUACUGGGAGCCUCCACACCAGCCUGCUAGAUCUACGGAGGCUCACACAGAAUCUGCUGGAUGGCAACGAGUCCACGGGCUCGCGGCGCAGUGAUGAGGAGGCUCUGGAGGAGCAGGUGAGGAAGCUGGGAGAGGAGCUGAGGGAAGUCCGAGAGCUGUACGAAACUGAGCAGGACAAAACACGCAGCAAUGGAGAUGAUGCGCUACAGCUGCACAAUCAGCUGGCGCUGCUCUCCGUAGAGAUGUGUUCUCUCCGAGAGGACAACGAGCGAAUGAGGACGAUGGCUGAAGUCCGAGAACCCAGUGAGCAGCUCCAGACUGCUAUCAGAGACAGAGAUGACGCCAUAGCCAAGAAGAAAGCGGUGGAGAUGGAGCUGGCCAAGUGUAAAAUAGACAUCAUGUCUCUGAAUAGCCAGCUCCUGGACGCCAUCCAGCAGAAGCUCAACCUGUCGCAGCAGCUGGAGGCUUGGCAGGAUGAUAUGCACAGAGUGAUUGACCAGCAGCUGAUGGACAAGUACCAGGACGAGUGGCGCGCGGCCCCUACCUCGCUGUCAGGGUCGUCGAGGGCCCACGGCGGUCAGUCCUCCAGACGAGCUCACCGCAUCUCCGACCGGGACAAGAGACUUUUCUCUUUCUUCAAAAAGAACUGA